CCGAUCCUUGCUGGCCCCUCGCUGCAGCCUUCCGUCAUGGCGCCAGCUCAGUCCAGCCUGGCUGGUGCUGACAGAGCCCCGGCCCCUUUGGUCCGGAAGGGAAGCAUGCCAGUUGGGUUGCUGGCUGAUAUGUGGGAGGAUGAUCGUAGGAUCCGUGAUCGUCUCAGGGAAAAUGAGGGUGCAUUGGUGAAGUGGGCGUCCAAGGAAACCAUCAACAAACCGAAUAUGGCCAAUAUCGCCUGUAACUCUGCAGCCCUGACUUGUUUGGCACGAUGGUGGUGCACACGACAGCGAACCCCAAAAAGUCCAUCAGUAAUUGAUUUGAAGAGGGAGGCGCCCAUGGCCAAAGAGAUUGCUUAUGAGAAUGAAGUUGGUACCAACCCUUUCUUCGAUGAGUUGUUCAAACACUGGAAUGUCCGUCUUCGUCCUGGUGUCAGUACCAUCGUGGUUGAUGUGGAGGACAGUGAUGAUGAGCCUACUGACUUUUCUGACUUCAUCAUGGUAAAGGAAGACCCAUAUGGAGGUGGUUCCGAUGAUGCCUAUCCCCCAAAGAAGGCCAAAAUGGAGACCCCUUCCAAACCUGCUACCACCAUGGCCCAAGCUGUGGAACCAGAGUCUUUGGUGGUGAUCGAUGACACUACGCCAACCAGAGUGAAAGAGGAACCGCUUUCCAGCGCCCCUCAAACCACAUGUGGGGAAAACCCGGAGAACCACAAGAAUGGCCAUCCCGUAUGUAUGGCUACUAAGGGUGAUGCGGAGGUUGAGCAAAGGUUGGAACUGGCCCGGAGGGCAGCUUCUACCUUUGCCAAAGACAAUGCUGAGACUCGGCCGUUGCAAGAGGGUUUGACCGAUGCUGUGGCUUCAUCCAUGUCUAGUGAUGGGUUUGGGGCCAAGAAUGCUAUGGACGUGGGUGAUGGCAGCACCACCACCAUCAAACGCUCUUUGCAGGGAGAGUUUGCUGGGAGCGCUGAAGUUUCCAAGACUGAUGGUGUGGAAGCUGAGGAUUCAACUUUGACAGCUCCCGUUGAGUCUGUGGCAGUGGACCUGGAAGCCCCCAAGACUCCCACUGGGGAAGCUUCCGAAGCUCCUGUUGCAGAAGCUGAACUUCCACAGCCUCCUGCUUUGGAAGCCAAGACUCCUGUUGCGAAAGUUCAAUUUCCCAAUCCAACUUCCAUCUUUGAUGAUGUGCUUGAGCCGGAGAUGCAAUAUCCAGACAACCAGCUUGGGCUUGAACCAUCAGAGGGUGGUAGCCCCAUGCAGGUUGACAAGGACAAGGAGAUUGACAUUGAGGAUGGCAUGAAGCAACCCCUUCUUCAUGGUGGACCUUCUGGGCAGUCUGGUUCAGCGCAGGAUGUCUUGGUAGUUGGUGUGGACCAGCCUUCAUGUGAGGCACGCCGAAGUGUUGAUGAUGGUAUUGACGUUGGCAAGUGCUCAUCGACAGAUGCAGGUGCCGAUCAUUCCCUGGAUCCUGUUCCGGCCGCAGCAGCCGCAGGAGCAGCAGUGGUCCCAGAUGAAGAUGAGGAGCCGCCUGUUGUGACCCGCCGAGAUCAAUGGGGGUUGAAGCCUUUGCCAAAGCGAAGGGGGCGGAAGCCAGCGACCCCUAAGCCCAAGGAUGAGCCCAAGCCCAAGCGAAAGCCUCGUGCAGGUGGUUCCCGUCAGACUCAGCACUUCAUCACCAUCGAUGAUAUUGUGCCUCCAACUCCGGCCCCGCCCAGGGCAGCUGCUGCUUCUAGCCAAGCGGAACCAGGUGAAGGACCUGAGGCUUCCCACCCAGAGACCAAGAAGGAGGAGGUGAAGAAGGAAGCGGUGAAGAAGCAAAAGGCGAAGGACAAUGGAAAGAAGGACACGGUGAAGGAGCCAAAGGUCAAGAAGGACAAAGUGAAGAAGAAGGACGUUGAGGGGAAGCAGGAGAAGGCAGCCAAGCCGGCAAAGACAGCGUCCAAGCGGAAGAGUUCUGAUGCUGCCCCAGGUGAUGGUGACGAUGCGCCCAAAGCUGAGGAGGACCAAAAAAACAAAAUUGUUUGGGUACCUGUUUCAAAGACUGCUGCCCCUUUGGUCGCAGGGAAUCUGAAAUGGGGCCCUGUGCAGGAUCACCUUGUGGCUGCCCCAGGCCAUGCUGCUGGUGCCCUGCCGGAGAAUAAUGAGCCAACGGGCGCAGCAGAGUCAGUGGAGCCAGAUGGUAAGAAAGCCAAGGUUGUGGAGAACGACAAGCUGAAGUCCUUCGCUCGUCGUUGGUGUCCCAAGUUAAGCCCUGCUCGUGAGCGCUGGUUUGUUGUUCGGGAUGUCUUCGACAAGAAGAUUAAGCCCGUGGUCGAGGGCUUGGGAUUUUCGUCCUACAAAGUGGAGGAGGAUUGGUGGAAUUGGUGCGCUAAGAAGUUCCUGGACAAUGAUGACAUUAAGAAUCUCAACCGCCGAAGUGCGCCUGAGGAUUGCUUGAGACUUUUCACUGCUGCAGCAGAUGAGGAGGUUGUGAGUCUAUGUCGGAGUUUCGCCUACGAGGUGGCAUUAACCUGGCAAAGUUUGGGAUUGGUCCCCGACCAGGUGCACUACACCUUCAAGUUUGCUGCGAAGAUGGUGUCCCUCAUACCUGAAGCUCGUGCAAGCGCACAGAUCUUUUUAGGUGCUUGGCAAGGCAUGGAUCUUCCUUCCAGGGUCUGGUCAGCUGAGACUUUAGACUUUGGGAUUCACUCAGUGGAAGAAGGAUUAGGUAUGGCUGAGAUAGAUGAGCGCACCAGUGCCGAACUCCAAGCGGAGCUGGACAACUUGCAGGAGAUGCAAAAGCUGCAGACAAAGAAGGCUGCACCGCUCCCUACUCCUCUCCGCAACGGGGCUCUUGCACCCGAGUCUCAGCCUCCCUAUGAUCCAGAGGGUGGUGCGCGCUCAGUGAAUGACACUCCCUUAGCCAGUGAACCUCCUGCGCCUGAAUUACCUCCAGCGGAAAACUACUUGGCGACCUUGGCUACCGCGUUGGCCACUGAUGAAGACCUUGAGGGCCAUUUGGAUGAUGCGGACUCUGACCCAUAUGGCUUUUUCGAAGGGUGGGAGGAAGCCUUUGUCCAGAAGGCCAAGAAGCGCGUGGAAUCCAUCCAUGGAGAGAAUUGCCGCUGUCAAAGCUUUGUGCCAGAAAAACAAGGGCUGGAUCCGGAAGCUGUGCUGAAGGAUUUGUACCAAAAGCACAAGAAUCUCUACUGGGUGGAAGACCCAAUGGCAGGUCGCCGGUUGAUUAUGGAUCGCGCCUGGCAGAUUGACACUGGGAUCUCCAAAGUGGAGGAGGGUAUCAACCAGGUCAACACCGAAGGCAUCUGUGAGGGAUACACACGAAAGCACCAGGAAAAGCUGACAGAGAGCUACAAAGAUGCCCGCCAGCAGACAUAUCACCCUAGCAAACGGCAAUCCCGGCUUCCACCCAGUCCUCCCAAGCACAUUGUGAAUCAUAGAGACGCCCGUGAACUUGCACAUGUGGAUGAAGCGCAACAAGUUACUGCUUUCCGAGAAUACCUUGGCAUCAACGUUAGUGUGUUCAAAGUGGGUGUGACUGCCAAUCCAGCCCAACGUUUUGAGCAGUACUUGCAUGUGAACUUUACAGCGAUGUGGGUUAUCUUCAAGAGUGAUGACUUGAGUUUAGUGCAUAUGUUGGAGGUGCGCCAAUGCAAUGACCCUCGUUAUGCGAUCACAGCUGGGAUCUUGGCGUUUGGGAUGGGUGGCAACUCCAGUAGAACCAUUCUAAGAUGCUAA